CAGCUGUUACCUGUAACGUAUUGUGGUGUGCACACACUGGCGCCCAGAUCAAACAAAUUGUUUCGCAAAUAAAUGGAAUUUUAGCAUAGAAUGGAUGAGGAGGAGCAUUUACACCGAUUCGGAACUCCACUGCCGGCCUUGGAGAAGGAUGUUGUGCCUGCUAAAAAGCCUGUGGCCAUCGAGGAUCAAAUUGUGAAGGAUGAAAAUGGAAAGCGGAGAUUCCAUGGAGCCUUCACCGGAGGCUUCAGUGCGGGCUUCUGGAACACGGUGGGCUCACAGGAGGGCUGGACGCCGCAGACCUUUAAGAGCUCGCGUGCCGAGCGUGCGGAGUCAAGGGCUCAACUUAAACCAGAAGACUUUAUGGACAAGGAGGAUCUGGGCGAGUUUGGCAUUGCACCGCAAGGCAUUCGCACGCGCGAUGAGUUUGCUAAGGAGGACGAACAGGAGCAGCGUUCUGGUCAGAGGCGUCGCAAGCUAAUGCAGCCUGAGUUGGGUGUCGGACCCAUACCAGGGGUUCCAGUGCUAGAGCAACUGCUACGACCAGUCCGAGAUAAGGUCGCGGUGCGAAUACUUAAGAGCAUGGGCUGGAAACCUGGCCAAGGUGUGGGCCCACGGCAAACUCGAAAGGAGAAGCGACAGGCUACGGCCAGAAAUUCCAAGGAGCAGUAUCUUUUGGAGCACUACGGCGCGGAGGGAUUACCUUCCCAUAAAGAGACAAAUGAAGAUGAUAGCAAUACUGAAGACGAAGACGAUGAAGAUAUUACAUUUGCUCCGGACGACUACGAACCCAUCUUUUACACCCCCAAAGAGAAUCGCUUUGGCAUGAGCUACUCCGGUCUCAACCGCGACCCCAUCCUGUCCAAAUCGUCCUCUUCUUCUGCCAAGCCUAUGCAACACAUCAAUCUCUUUGGUGAGAUGGAAGCGCAGGCUAACAAAAAGCAACUAUCCAUACGGGGUCAAGCCUUUGGAGUGGGUGCCUUUGAAGAAGAGGACGAGGAUAUAUAUGCCCGCGAUGAUAUGACCCGCUACGAUUUCUCGUUGGCGGACAGGAAACCGAAGCAAAAAAAGCAGCAACAUGUCCAGCAGCGCCAUGUCAUCGAUGGUUUCGGUGAGGACAAGUCGGCGGCGGUGCUGCAGAAGCCUUAUGCCAUUGAUUUGCCUAGGGAUUUUCAGCCCAGGAAUUGGCUGCAGCGAAGAAGUCGCUUUGCACCAAUGGAUAAAGAGAGAGCCAAGAAACUGGAGACAGCCUCGGAGUACAAACGGUCUGGUUUGGGAAGGCACGAUCUAAAUCCCGAUCAACGUGCAGAACUUCUAGGCGAGCAAAAGAAAGAGGACAAGACUGCGGAGGAGCAGCCUAAACGGAAUCCCUUUAAGGAUCGUGGUAAAUCCUUACUGGAACGCAUUAAUGCCAGGACCGAGGGCUUUACCAAGGGCGGCGUGAUCACCGAAAGCGGCGAGGAGCAGCAAACUGAAGUGGCAAAAGAAGUAAAGGAUGCAAAUGCCGCCAUACAAGAAAAAGCGGCCCUUAAGACGAAGGAUUUGCCUUCCGCGAUAAAUUCUUCAGGCGCUUUUAAGCCUUUUCUAGCUGAUGAAGCUAAACAGCUGCGAUAUGAAAAAUUCGUAUCCUCAAAACUUACAGAUGACAAGGAAGUAACGGAGUUCCUGGCCAGCAUGCAACCGGUUUCACUAUCUCUGUGGGAUAGGGAGAUGGAGAAAAAGGAGUUUAUCCAGGCGGCAAAAAUAUAUCGUCCAUUAGAUGGUCUCAUGAACGACAGGUUCGUUUCGGAAGCCUAUGUUCAAGCAGAGAAAGUAAAGGAGCAAGAGAAGCCGCCGGAGGAGCGAAAGAUUGUGAUGGAGCGAACCAAGACCAUGUGGAAACCCACGGCACUGCUGUGCAAGCGGUACAAUAUUGCGGAGCCCUUUGGAGGUGCCAUGCUAGAACCAGAAAAGGAGCUGAAGACCAAGCCGAAGAUUUCAGUAUUCGAUUAUCUGGAGACGUCCGUAAACACGAAAGCAAACUUCCAAACCCCCUCUAUUAUUCCCAAGCACAUCGAAAAACCAAAGCCGAAAGAUGUAGAGCCACCUCCAUCUCCACCUCCAGCUCCUCCGCCAGAAGCUAAGAUACAGGAUAAACCUACUUUAAAAGAAGAGCCGUCUAAGCUUACUUUCGUGCCAAAAACUCCCUUGGAGCAGGCAGUGGAUGCGUCACGCAACAAACCCAUCUCAGAGAAAGUUGACCUGUUCAAAAGCAUCUUCGAGGACAGCGACGAGGAGGAGACGGUUGAAAAACCUCCUGAGAAUGCAGCGCAGGAUAAAUUAGCUGCCCUGCAAGAGGCUCUGGGCUUACCCGUAACAUCGACCACCUCAGCUGCCGCACAAAAUGUCCUGAGAAACAAUUCGCCACCACGAGGUAUCUUUGCAUCCUUAUUUAAGCCUAAGGAUGACGAGGCUGCCAAAGAGCCAGCACCGCCCAAGUUUGCUCCCAUCGAGGGAAACAAGUUGAAAAUCGCCUACAAAUCUCGAGAGGAGCGUCUGAGAAACGAUAAAGAGUUGGCAAUGGCUGAGGUGCCGCCCGAGGAUAUUUACGGACCAAAGUUGCCAACAGCACCGCCUCAGAAGCCCGCUACUCCAGAGAUUCAGGCAGAGGCCAAUAUUGAUGCCAGACUUCAGCAGCUUUGGCAGCAGCACGCGCCCAAAAAGCGGAAAGCCGAAAAGUGGGUGGAGAAGACAAGCACCUUCAGCAGCGAAGACAGCGAUGCUAGCUCUAGUGACGACUCCUCAUCCUCCGAUUCUUCAGGUGGCAAGGGCAAGCGAUCCAAACUCAGCAAAGCCAAGAAGUCGCACAAGAGCUCGAGCUCAAAAAAGUCCAAGAAAUCAAAACUGAGCUCCAAGAAAAAAUCCAAAAAGAGCGAAAAAUCCAAGCACAAGGCCAAGAAGAAGAAAAGCAAACACUGACUGUAAAUAGUUAAUAAAAAAGAUUUGGUUUA